GUACACUUUGAGUACGUAGGUACUUAUUCCUCCCGGGCUUGCCCUUUCCCCCGGAGCCUUGGCUCGAGUUUCAUCUGGCACCGUCAACAUCUCCUCCACCGGCAUUCGUCGCUAUUAUUGUUAAUUAUUGCACCACAUCUUCAUCCUUGCACGGCAGACGCCAUCAUGUUGCUCCAAAAACACGCCAAGCUCGCUUUGGCGGGCAUCUCGAGCUUGCUCGUUGCCCGCUCGAGUAGCCAAAAGGUCCCCACAGACCCGUCAUUCGACUGCUCAAACCCCAACUUCCAGGCCAUCUACACGGCCUGCUCGGCCGGCGACUACACCAAGUGCUGCGGCGUCGGUACCCAGUGCUGCGCCGGGGGGUGCUGCGAUCUGCUGUCGGUCUGUGUCGGAGUAGGCACGAGCCAAGAGACGUGCUGCGACUACAGCGACGUCACGUACUGCGGGACGGGGAAGGCCCCUCGCCCUAGCGUCAUCUGCACGGGUUCCAGCGGCCUCUCCUCGUACAACUGCCCGCCCGGAUCGACGUGCAACAUCCAUAACGACUCGUGCUAUGUCCCGGAGGGUGGAUCGUCGCCCUCGCCGAAGCCUCUGCCGCCUGUGCCAUCGUCCACGAUAGCUCCCACGCUGCCGGAUCCUACUCCAGCCACGACUCGCCGUCCCACUCCUACGUCCGUAGCGUCGUCGGACGACAGCGAUGCGACGCCCAGCAGCAGUGCGAAGGCCGGUGGCGGCGCGGGCGCAGGUACAGGCGGUUCAGGUGCUGGGACGACGGGGCCUGUGGGCUCGCCGGGCUCGGGGCCAAGUGUUUCCGUGUCAGUUCUGACUGUGUCGGCAUCUGCGUCCAGCAGCCCACGCCCGUCGUCCGCUGCUUCGGAUCGGAUUGUCAGUCUCUUCCUCGGCGGGUGCCUGGCGGGGAUUGCCGUGUUGGCUGCUUUGCUGUGAGGGCUCCAGGCCUACAUAAUAGUUUAUGAAGUUGCCACUGGCGUUUCUUCAGCCGGCACAUUUUCUUCGGUGCCGUGUGUCCAUUGGCAAUCAGCGGCUUGUAUUUUCCCUCCGGGAGUUAGGAAUUAAGACAUGUAUCCACCCGCCCACUUUGAAUGCACUUUUAAUUCAUUGGGCCAAGCGUGGGCUACUUGGACAUUUUAAGCCACAACACCUUACCUGAGUUAAUUAAUUAGUACCACUAUCACGGACAGUAAUUAUAUAGUGAUAAAAGCCGAG